AUACUCAAGCCAAAAGUUAGUGCCAUAUUGUCUCAUCACUUUCCGCACUUUUGUUUGUUAACUAACUUUUUUUUGCUAAGAGUUUGUUAACUAACUUUUAUAUAUAGAUUAAGAUAUUAAUGUCACAGAAGGAAUACGUUAGGGUUUGGCCGGAUUCCGGUGAUCUUGGAGGAACUGAGCUGACCCUAGCUUUGCCUGGCACUCCGACAAAUGCAUCGCACGGUCCAAAAAAGUCCGGAAACAAACGUAGAUUCCUCGAGACCGUUGAUGUAAAACUCGGGGAAAGACACGAGAAUAAUUCUAUCUCAAGGAUGAUCACUAGUGACCAGUUGGUUGGGUGGCCGCCGGUAACGACGGCGAGGAAAACAGUGACGACGAUGGUGAGGCGGAAAUACGUGAAAGUGGCGGUGGAUGGUGCGGCGUAUCUCAGAAAAGUCGAUCUUGAGAUGUACGAUUGCUACGGACAACUUUUCACCGCUCUAGAAAACAUGUUUCAGGGGAUAAUAACAAUAUGUAAAGCGACGGAGUUGGAGAGGAAGGGAGAGUUUGUGGCUACUUACGAGGAUAAGGACGGUGACUGGAUGUUAGUCGGAGAUGUCCCGUGGAUGAUGUUUGUGGAAUCGUGCAAGCGUAUGAGGUUGAUGAAAAUAGGAGAUGCUAUUGGAUUAUAGGUCUCUACUUUCCAGAACGUAAACGCGUCGGAUCUUCGAAAAGGCUAUAAGAUUAUGAUCACAAAUGCAUAAAAUAUUGUCAGAUGU